AUGGACACUAAUCGUAUCCAGAUUCACCAGCUGCAGGAUUUCCUCCCGAGCCCCGAAGUACAGGAAGCCCUUACCUGCUUCGUUAUCCUGUCUCUGUUCAUUAGCCCCUUCCCCCGCCCGGGGAACCGCAUCUCGCUAAUCCCCUGGGCAGGGCAGGGCCCGGACUGCAAAACUGAGAUCCAGAUGGGAACUCCCACAGUGCUCAGGCAUGGCUGGGUCCAGCCUCAGCCUGGGCGCAGGCGAGCGCGGGAGAGAGGGAGGGAGAGGGAGGCGCACGCCAACAGAAACCCGCCGCGCUCAGACGCGGGCCUGCGGCCACGUCCCUCCGCAGCCGCCCCAGCAGCCGUUCCCGCUCCCUCGUCCCCCUCUCCCUGCCCACCCGGCUUCGCCUGCCAAGUCCGAGUUGGCACAGCUCCCCCGGCUGCACCGAACAAAGCCGUCACCCAUCCCCGAGCCGGCGCUGACAGUAAGCAAAGUGACAGGCGCAUCUUCCGCAUGUUAAUCCAAACGGCAAGAAGGCGAACGAGCAGCGGAGGCCCCCCCUUGCCAUGCACACACACACCCCCCCCUCCACCGACCCACGCACCCCACCCUUGGCACCCGACGGCCCCGGUGGCCUCGUGCCGGGAUGGCGAGGCCCCUGCCGGCGGGAGCACUGAAGCCUCCUCGUCGGCGAGGUUUAAAUCGAGCCGAAGCCCUGCUCGGCGGGCAAACGAGGCCACUCGGCAUCUGCUGUACCUGUUCCCGCUGCCUUCAUCUCGCCUUGGAACCGUGACAAGAGCGCACUCGCCUCUGGUGGGCUCUCAAAGCCGCGGGUCUGUAACCCUUUGCAGGAAGUUGGCACCGAUCCCAGCUCCUGAAUUAUUCCAGUCCACGAGCGGGAGGAGAGCGCACAGUCCAGAGUCCCUCAGAGCUGCCAAGAGCAUUGCAACAGGAAAGAAAGGAAGCGAGAGAGGGAGAGCCAGGCAGAGCCCUCACAAUCGAGCAGCGAGAAGAGCAAGGAGAAAUUAACAUCCAAUUAGUGCCGUGUUUAACGAGGGAGACAGAGGCGGCUGUUGUUUUAUUGCCCUGUUCUUUUCAGGCGCAUCUGACAGGCAGCAGGGAAGGCACCCCUGCUCCGAGUGACGUCAUCAUAUUUUAUUUUUUAAUUAUUUCCCCCCCCCCCCUUCCUCCCCCCACGUCUUUCCUCCUUUAAGUUUCGCACAGACGAUCUCGGCAACUCGGCCAGGGAAAUUUGGGACUUUCUCGCAUUCAAGCCACCGGCUCCCCCCCUUCCACCUCCAGCCUCUCCCCCCCCCCCCCCCCCCCCCCACACCAACCCCCGGAAAAAAACCCCCCCGCCACCCC